CCCACUAUUUCCAUCGCCCAAAGUCUUGCCGACCAAUGACGAUCAAGCUUUUUCCAACAUCAAUCCUUCCCCAGCUCAUCCACGCAACAGAAAAAAACAAGCUGCUUUCCAUCAGCUACCGCCGCGUCCGACGUCCAGUCCUUCACUCGAAUCUCAAGAGCUUUCAUCAGGGAAAAGUCCAUCCUCGUGUCUACUUUGCAUACCGGUACCUCUUUUGGCGAAAUAUCCUUCAAAAGCUGGGUUGGAAGCGCCGUGCCUCUCUACGCAGGACCCCCUUAAACCACAACCGCGCCAACAAUCCGCAUCCUCACUACAUCUCACAUACCCUCCACGGCCUCGCCAUAGACCAGAUGUUCAAGGCGUACAAGAACCUCACCCCAAAGACCCGCCUGGGCUUCGGCGUCGCGGUCCUGGCCUGGGGCGGCGCAGGCCUCUACUUCUCCGACCGGGCCGAGGAGAAGUACCAACCCACACCCGAGGAAAAGGCCGUCGUCGACAAGUACGUCCCAAAGGUCACCGUCGUCGAUAGGUCCGAAUGAAGCGAGUGCAGUCAGUGAGUGAGUGUGUGAGCAGGGCGUUC